AUGUCACUGGACAUGAAGAACUGUACUGAAUUAUUUGGGCCGGCCUUAGCACUUGCCACUGUAUCUCAGCCUAUCCGUUCCUCGCCGCAGGAGAAACCGGAGCCUAUCGAAGAGCCGGUCGAUGAAUUUGAACAGCUUGAUAAUGAGCCAGAAAUCGAGCGACCGCGGUUAUCCUUGCCUAUUCAGGAGUCUGAGGAAGAAGGCGAAGAAGCGAGUCCUGAAAUGCAACCCCCGAGGAUGUCUUUUGCCUUGGUAGAAGAGGACAUGGAUAUGACUUAUCAGUCUGUCGAAUAUCCUCGCGAUGCCAGCAUCAGAGACAGGGACCGGCUAUCAAUGAUGAGCCGAGCUACCGGCAGAAUCAGUGGAGAUUUUGACGAGACACGAUUAGAGAGCGAUGAUGCAGAUGAAACUGGGAUAGUGGGCGAAGAUGAUGAGGCAGAGGAUACAUUGAUGAGUGGGGGUGACUUUGAUCGAGGGGGAGAGACGGAGGAUCUAGGCCGCUUCCAUUUUGACCUCAACUUCCCAUCUCCUGCGGCUGCUACGCUUGAGGAUCCCACUGGCGGAGAUAUGAACGACAUGGAGGAUUUUGAGCUGUCCAACGCAGAGCCACCCCCAGCUGCAUCAGACGAUGAUGAUGACGACGACGACGUUGGAGCUGAUUUUGGUUUCGGACUCGACUUCCCACCCGCAGCAUCCCCAAGUGAGAGCCCUGGGAUUGUUGGAGGCGGAUUGCGAGAUGAAGCUAUCCCAGCCCAAGGCAAGCAAAAGAAGAUUUCACGAUAUGGAAUUCCUGUCCCAAACUUGCCUGCAGGUGUGGUAAAAAAGCUAGCAACUCGCUUCGCACGUUCGGGGGCUGGAUCAAAGGUAAAAAUCAACAAGGCCACGCUGGCCGCCAUCGAGCAGGCGUCCUCUUGGUACUUUGAGCAGGCGAGCCAAGAUUUGGCUGCGUAUUCAAAGCAUGCAGGACGGAAGACUAUUGAUGAGAGCGAUGUCACCACACUGCUAAAAAGGCAACGCCAUAUCAACAACUCCACGACAGUGUUUUCCCUCGCCCAGAAGCAUUUACCCAAAGAACUUCAGCAAGAUAUGAGAUUGGCCAUGCCUCCAUGA